GAAAGGACGAUUUAUUCUUGCCCGGCCUAAUGUGCUCCAGCAGCACUCCAGACUUUAAGUCUUUGACAGAGGAGCAAACUGCGGGUAUGUAGCAGGUUGUGCAUGCCAGCCACACCCAAUGCCUCCUACAGUAGUCCUUCAGGCACACCCAGGUCGCACACUGAACAGCAGUGACAUAUUGCAGACAUCCAGCUCUGGAAGGCUUCAACUAUGUUCCGCUGCUGCACCCACUUGAGACCCUACACAACAACCUGACUUUUCGUGAGAUGGAUGACUUUUUGGGUCGCAUCACCACCACCCGAUUCCCUAUGCCUCCCAUCUCGCCGACUCUUGUCGCCUCCCACCCAUCUCUCAUCCUUGUCUCCCCAGGAAAAAGUGUACAGAGUUAUCCACCCUCCAGUAACUCCAGUUCUGCACCAUCAUCUCCAGCAUUAUCCAUUCCACUUGACAUCUGGCAGAACCUUCGCAUGUACAUGGAGCGAAGUGAUGGACAAGUCCGUUCCGACCCUGACACUGAUUCCUCUACCUCCUCGGGCCGUAGGGAGGUCCCAGCUCCUCCAAACUCCAACUCAUCCAUUGCCAAAACGGAGGCUGUCCAAGAGUGUUCAAGCAGAGUGACUUAUGAUCCCCUCUUAGAAGCAUCCAAAGAGUUGUCCGAAAAUCAAGAUCUUUCAGUUAUCAAAAGCACUCACAAGAGGUCUGCUGGACUGGAAGAGCACUUACAAGUAAAUUGUGAGUCAGAGCAAAUUACCAGACAGACAAGGGAAGAGGAUUUGAACAAGAAUAAUUCCAGUGCUUGGAGAAGCGAAGCCAAAGAUGUCAUGUGCCACAAGUUAGACAAACAAGAUAGCAUGCUUGACAGCACGUCUGUGUGCAUCCAAGAACCCAAAGUGCAAGGUGCUAGACACUUUGAGGUUAUUAAUGCAGAGGCAAAAGGUCAAGACCUUAAUCAAAAUGCACCAUGCCUAAGUGGAGCAUCAUUAGUUCUGUCUCAGGAGGCCAAGGCCAAGAAUCUGACAGCCUCAGGUCAGAGAUCUUCCUCAGAGAGGCUUCUUCCUGCCCCUGUGUCAACCACUGUGUCAACAUUGACGACCACCACCCUGACCAUCCACAGCACAGCCCCUAUGACAUUGACCGUGCAGAGUCAGGCCCCCAUCACUCUUUCUAUAAACAGCAUUGGUUCAGUCUGUAUAUCAGGUCUUGCACCCACUGACCUAACUCCUGCUCCAACACCGACCUCCAGCAGGUUUGCAGUGUCCAGGGCAGUGGAAAUGGAUGUUACAAAGCCUGGGGUAGAGGGAAAGGCAGCUUUAGCGAGUGUAGCAAGGACAGAUAAAUAGCAGGAACCCAUUGCAGUGUAGUAUUAUAGAUCAUUGACUCAGGACGACGGGUUGUGUGAGUGAAGAGAUAUCAGCAGUUGAAUUGCCUGGUAAAGGUUCUGGCUUUUACACUUGUGUCUGUACUAAUGUGUAUACUUGCGCAAUUAAGUUUUAUAUGCAUGGAUGGGCAUGCAUUUUAGGGGUAGGAUGUAUGCAUGAAUGAGCAUGGAAAGAUGGGUUGAUGGUUUUGUAUACUGUGCAUUAGGAUCAUAACUUGUAUGUAGCGAAGGACAAAAGAGUUUUGUGUACACACACUGUCAAGCUCACUAUCUAGGCAAAAGUACAAAAUCAGUAAAUGUUCUUUAGGCUCUUCAGCAUUGUCUGUGUUUUGUGACGGGAUCAUACUUGGGUAUCCAUAAUUUUCUAACUUUUCCAUCCAUACUUUCUUUAUCUAUUUUCUAAAAGCAUCUUGUUGUUGCAAACUAUAUCAGGGUGCUUGAUACAUUAGAUUGUUUCUUUCUCCUAGAACAGUAGUAAAAUUAAGAUGCAAGGGAAUGUCCAGUUGUCUGAAAGGUGCUUAACUGAAAGUAAAUUUUUGCUGCAGCUCAUGUUGUAUAAGUUUAGCUUAUCAUAAGUCAUAAUUUCACUACACAUAAAGAGACCAACUCUGUGUUAAGUGGUGGUUGGUUUACAUUGCAUACAAGAAAUUAACUUUUUCAUCAGAUGAAUGUGUUGUCUUCCAUAGAAGGUGGGGGACGGGGGGAGGGCAAUGAUAACAAAUACAAUCCUCAUCCUUGUCCUGUUUCUGUUCGCAACAUUGAUGUGAAAUUUUAGGUGGUGUGUUACAUACCCCAGAGAAAUUUGUUGAAUUUUUGCUGUUUUGUGCCCUAAAUGUGAAGGCUGGUUCUUUAUCAUUUAGGGCUGCUCCUGUGACCUCAGUGAAGAUCCAAAUGCAUAACUUUUGUUGAAGCUUAAAUAGAAUGGAUGGGGGGAAGCUAAGAAAGACAAUAAUUGUCUGAGACCUGUUUACCAUAAAGAAAGUCACUGCUGGUGCUGAUUUUUUGUUUUUACAUAAGCAUCUCACUUACCUUAGUCACCUGCCAGUCAUCUGUAACAAAUAUGGAGAUUUUCCAGUUCAUUUCUCAGAGCUGUAAUUUGUUUAUAGGCAUCAUCUUAUUUUUUAAUAUGUAUCUUUCCCCAUCUCUAACACAGGCAUUAUUUUCAUGUUUUUAUUGCAUGUUUGGAAAAGUCUGUUUUUAUCAUUUCUCAGACUAGUCAAUCAGAUUUUUCUUUAGCUUCCAGCCUUUGCAUUGCAGGUUUAUGGACAGUUUGUCUCAUGGACAGAUGCAUUGCUAGGUCUUUGGCAAUAAUAAAGAAGGCAAAAUUUGUAAUUGCGUGUGUGUGUGAAAAUAGAAAAGCAUGUAAAAAUGCCAACAGUUAAAUACUCUGUUUUAAGAUCAGUGACAGCAUUUUGGAGUCACAUUUGGGUGAAUUUGUAUUUUGUAGAAGAGAACUUACAUUAUUUUGCAGCAGCCUUGCAUAAUAUUAUUCUCUAAUAAAAGGUGUUGAACAGAUGAAUAGGCUCUGAUAGCCAAGGGUGAUAACCAGAGCACAUUUUUGCGUUAUGCAAUCCAGUUAUGGUGCUUUUACCAGGUGUAAUCAGAAAAUGUAUUUGUUUCAUCAUUCCAGAAAAUAGACCCCUUAAUAAACAAAAAAAUUGUCCUCAAAUAAAGAGUUCUAUAAUCUUCUAUUUUUAGUCAUUCUUUUGUGUGUUCUGCUGUCAAAACAUUGUUUACAUCUCUGUGUCAAUGAAAAUAAUUUGAUUUCACUAGGUUGUACAUUUUGUUUAAAGUUUAAUUCCACUGAAGUUAUUGAAAUUAUACUGUGUCAUCUGUGAUAUUUUUAACAGAUUGUCUCAGAUUGCUGAUCACUUUUUUCUAGCAAAUUAAAGUAAAAUUUUAAACAUG